AUGUUCCCUAAGUCCUUGAUCCACUUGAGAUUAAGCACAGUCAACACGGAGGUCCGUACGCUUCAAGAACACGUAUUUACUGAGCGGUUUACGGACCCUUAGGUUGUCAUUGUCAUGAUUCGCAGACAUCAGGCUUCUUCGCUAAAGCCGAUCUUCAGCUCAAACGGAUGGUAGAGGACUUCUACAAUCAGGACUUCACAGAUUCUAUCGUUGACGAUUCAAGAGGACAUUGGUCGGUGGCCUUACCUGCAAGGGGUCUUCCUAUCUCAUAG